GAAGAAGCCGAAGGGGACUCGGCAGCACAAAAUGGCGGCGGCGGCGGCGGCGGCGGCGGCGACGACCGGGACUCCGGGGUCGGCGGCCCCCGCGGCAGCGACCGGCGCCCCGGGCUUGGGGAGCGCAGCCCAGGGGUUUCAGGGGGUGCUGAUCGGGGACAGGUUGUACUCCGGGGUGCUCAUCACUUUGGAGAACUGCCUGCUGCCUGACGACAAACUCCGCUUCACGCCGUCCAUGUCGAGCGGCCUGGACACAGACACGGAGACCGACCUUCGCGUGGUGGGCUGCGAGCUCAUCCAGGCGGCCGGCAUCCUGCUCCGCCUGCCGCAGGUGGCCAUGGCUACCGGGCAGGUGCUGUUCCAGCGGUUCUUUUAUACCAAGUCCUUUGUGAAGCAUUCCAUGGAGCAUGUGUCAAUGGCCUGUGUUCACCUGGCCUCCAAAAUAGAAGAAGCUCCAAGACGAAUAAGAGAUGUUAUCAACGUGUUUCAUCGACUUCGACAGCUCAGAGAGAAAAAGAAACCUGUGCCUUUACUACUGGAUCAAGAUUAUGUUAACCUAAAGAACCAAAUUAUAAAAGCAGAAAGACGAGUUCUCAAAGAGCUGGGUUUCUGCGUCCAUGUUAAACAUCCUCACAAGAUAAUCGUUAUGUACCUUCAGGUGUUAGAAUGUGAGCGUAACCAACACCUGGUCCAGACGUCAUGGAAUUACAUGAAUGACAGCCUUCGCACCGAUGUUUUUGUGCGGUUCCAUCCUGAGAGCAUUGCCUGUGCCUGCAUCUAUCUCGCCGCCCGGACGCUGGAGAUCCCUCUGCCCAGUCGUCCUCAUUGGUUUCUUUUGUUUGGAGCAACUGAAGAAGAAAUUCAAGAAAUCUGCUUAAAAAUCCUACAGCUUUAUACACGGAAAAAGGUUGAUCUGACUCACCUGGAAGGGGAGGUGGAAAAGAGAAAGCAUGCCAUUGAGGAGGCAAAGGCACAAGCCCGGGGCCUGCUCUCUGGAGGUGCACAGGCUGCAGACAGCACAGCAGGGUUCUCACCUGCCCCUAAGCUGGUAGAAUCCCCCAAAGAAGGUAAAGGGAACAAAGCUUCCCCACUCUCUGUGAAGAGUACCAAGAGGAGAAUUGAGGGCACGAAGAAAACCAAAGCUGACAGCCCUGUGAAUGGCUUGCCAAAGGGGCGAGAAAGUCGAAGUCGGAGUAGAAGCCGUGAGCAGAGCUACUCGAGGUCCCCAUCACGAUCUGCUUCUCCUAAGAGGAGGAAGAGUGACAGUGGCUCAACAUCUGGUGGCUCCAAGUCACAAAGCCGUUCUCGGAGCCGGAGCGAUUCCCCACCAAGACAGGUACACCGUAGUGCUCCCUACAAAGGCUCUGAGGUGAAGGGCUCCCGGAAGUCCAAGGACUACAAGUGUCCCACUCAGAAGCCACACAAGUCUCAGAGCCGGAGCUCAUCCCGUUCUCGAAGCCGGUCACGGGAGCGGGCAGACAAUGCUGGAAAAUAUAAGAAGAAAAGUCAUUACUAUAGAGAUCAGCCACGGGAGCGUGCAAGGUCAUACGAGCGCACAGGCCAUCGCUAUGAGCGGGACCACCCUGGGCACAGCAGGCACCGGAGGGUUCCCCUGCACUGCUGGGAGUCCAUGGCUCAUUUGCCUGCAGAAAGAACAGGAACAGGGGUCACGCCAGCCAGGGAGGAGCAACACAUGAAACCCAAAUAGGAGACACAUGGCUGCAGCGAGUGGUCACCUCCCAAGCACUCUGCAAGGCCUGCCUGUGCCCAGUUCAUACCUUCACCUCAACCACCUUCAACAGCUAUGUGGACAGCUGCACGACAAAGAUGACUUGAAUACAGGAGGGGCUAGGGGCCAACACCACAUGCCCCAGUUGGGCCUGGCAGCAGGUUCGCAGCCCCCACACCAUGCAGAUGGUACCUGCAGUGGAGCAGACGGGGGCCCCCUCACCUGCACCUUCUAGAGAGUGUGGCGGCCCAGGACAUGCUGACCAUUAAUGAAACCAACAGAGUGGUCCACCUCAUGCCCAGGAAGACAGCCCAUCCUGCUGCCCCCACCUGGUGGUGGGCAAGUAGGACUGACAACUUCUUCAUCCCAAGGCAAAGUUACUACCUAACAGAGGGGCCAAGACUAUGCUGUGCAGAGCAGGGCAUAGAAAAGAUUUGCCCGUUUUGUGUGUCCAGAUACCCAGCCACUGAGAAAUCCCGAGACUCAGGCACAGUGUGUACUGUAGUGUAUUAAUAAAUGUCUGACAAACACAAAAAGGGGGCAGGGGAAGGUAGGCCCUGUUUUUUUAAUUUCUGUGGCAAUGUCAAGUUGCCAACAUAAUUUCACUGAAGGCAGCAACCCUUAUAUGGUUUUUCCUUCUUCACUUACAAUACUUCAAUAAUAACCUUAACACCAUAAUAGUAAAACAGGGAGUGACGAGUUUUG